AUUAUAAAUACGUGGUACCGUCCAUAACUGUUUCUUGCAUCAAACCGAUAUACGUAAAAGAGACCUAUCUUGUGUUAGUUAGGUUUUCUAUUUAAAUUGAGUGAAGUUCAGUUGAACUAUGGCAGUGACAAUAAUUAAGGCCUUAUGUGUUGUGGUGACUUGCAUGGUGUUGUCGGCACCCUAUGCAGAGGCUGCUAUUACCUGCGGUCAGGUGGUGAGCAAGAUGUUGCCAUGCCUAGCCUACCUGAGGACUGGUGGUGCACUGCCUCCACCAUGUUGCAGUGGUCUUAAGAGUCUGAACGCCGCCACUCAAGCAACCCCCGACCGCAAGACUGCUUGUGGUUGCCUGAAAACUGCUUAUACACAAUAUGCUGGCAUCAAUCCUAGCAAUGCCGUCGGCCUUCCAGCAAAGUGUGGUGUUAAUCUUCCUUUUAAGUUCAGCCCCGACAUCGACUGCUCCAAGGUACACUAAGAUUCAUCCAGCGACAGAUGGGAUGCGAGAUUUAAAAACAUAUAUACUAUAUAUCAAAAUAAAUAUGGAAAACCAUGUUUUUCCUUGUGUUGUCUUUGUUAUAUGUAGUGUCAUCGUUAUGCUAUAAGUUUUGGAGUUGCCCUCCAUUGAUCUUUAUCUAUAUAUUUCUAUUAAAUAGGUGUUAUAUUUUUGUAUUUCAACGAGCGAGCGUGUGUGAGAGAAAAAGAAACGGCAUCGUAUUUAGCAGGGAUAGCACGUGCUAUCCUUCAAAUUUUACAGUCAAAUGUAAUCCGUAAGUAAAACUCUUUAAUGACAGAGUUUAUUUUACAGUCAAAUGUAAUCCGUAAGUAAAACUCUUUAAUGACAGAGUUUAUGACGGAAACUGCCGUCAUAAAUGAAAUUUUCUAUUAAAA